AUGGAUGCAAAAGAAAAGGAAAUAUUUACACUUAUUAAUGCUCAUCGUCAAAGAUAUGGUUUAUCAUUACUUCAACCAUCUGUUAAUCUUGCUCAUGUUGCUUACACGCAUGCCAUUGAUAUUAUUGACAAUAGUCCGGAUGUUAACGGUGGUAAUAUGCAUAGUUGGAGUAAUAAAGGAAAAUGGAAACCAGUUACAUAUACAUCUGAUCAUAGAUAUGCUCACUUGAUGUGGAGUAAACCAUCUGAAAUUAGUAAUUAUAAAUUCAAUGGCUUUGAAAUAUCAUUUGGAUAUGCACAAAAUGUAAGAAAAACAAUGACAGUUGAUCCUACUGUAGCUGUUAAUAGUUGGAAAAACAGUCCAGGACAUAACGAUGUUAUGAUCCAACAAGGUAGUUUUGCAAGUACACCAAUGAAAGCAAUGGGUGUUGGUGUUUAUAAAGGAUAUGCAUGUGUAUGGUUUGGCCAACAAUUGGAUACAUAUCCGGCUCCUUCAUAA